UUAAUUCCAUAAAUUUUAUUUUAUACUCUCUCUCCCUCGCGCUCGUUGGCUUUUGUUUCUAUCGCUUCUCUCUCCGCUCCAGUAAAAAAGAAACUGCCGCCGUAUACGACAUUCUCCGAUAUUGAUUUCCGACUUGAGAAAUGAACAUAGCCGGCGUUUUCAUCUUCUUUAUUCACCAAGAAACUUUAUUAUUUUCCAGGAAAAUUUUGCUGGGAUUUAUUCAAGGGAAAUCUAACUUUUCAAAUACAUCUGUUGCCAUGGAUUAAUAUUUCGGUAGCAAAUUUCCGAGGAAGUUUUUGAUUUUCGGUUGAAGAUUCGUCAACAUUAGUAGGGGUCAGAGCUCUAGUUUUUCUGGGUAGACGAGAGCUGAUUGAAACCCACCCGAAGAAGCUGAAUUGUAAUGCUACGAAGAACUUCCGGUUAACAGUAGGUUUCGAAUUUGGAGGAAAGCUAGCUAAGUGUUUGAAGAAUAUAUACAUGAAGGUCGACUAUGAAAGUUCAGCUCCAAUGGUAGUCUCUGCUACUUUAGCAGAAGCCAGUACUGUUUCUUCACCUAAUAUUCAAGCUGUGCCACCACCAAUGAUAGCGACGAAGAAGAAGCGAAAUCUCCCUGGAAUGCCGCAUCCAGAUGCGGAGGUGAUAUCUCUGUCGCCGAAGACUCUUUUAGCGACGAACCGAUUUGUGUGCGAGGUGUGCAACAAAGGGUUUCAACGAGACCAGAACCUUCAACUUCACCGGCGAGGCCAUAACUUACCUUGGAAGCUGAAACAGCGAACGAGCAAAGAGGUUAGAAAGCGAGUGUACGUGUGUCCUGAACCAAGCUGUGUUCAUCACGAUCCGUCGAGAGCUCUUGGAGAUCUCACCGGAAUAAAGAAGCACUUCUGUCGAAAGCACGGCGAGAAGAAGUGGAAGUGCGAGCGGUGCUCGAAGAAGUACGCGGUUCAAUCCGAUUGGAAGGCCCACAUGAAGACUUGUGGCACCCGAGAGUACCGAUGCGAUUGUGGCACUUUGUUCUCUAGGAGGGAUAGCUUUAUUACUCAUAGGGCGUUUUGCGAUGCGUUAGCUCAAGAGAGUGCGAGGAAUCAAACUCUAGCCAUUACGAAUUCGGAAGGGACUUUGACGGUUCAAGCUGUGACGACUACGUCCUCGUCUAGUCCACCACCACCUCCUCUUACUCCGUCCACCGGUGUUCUCUCUCCGGUUCUCUCCAUCCAAAGUUCAGAGUUGCCGGAGAAUCAGACGGGACUUUUACCGCAGCAGCCAGUCACCACGAGCUUAUCCGCCGCCGCCGCCGCCGCCACUGCCGGUGGGACUAGCACCACCUCUGGCGGCAAUGUAAGUAGCACCACCGGAGUAUUUGCUGGUAUAUUUUCAUCGCCAACUGAAGGUGGAGGACUAACGCAGCCAUCACAGCAACCACCGUCUCCAUACUCCGACUUACUCUGCGCCAUGGCUGGCUCCGAGCGCACCACAAUGGAACCCAUGUCGCUCUCUCUGUCCUCUUCUUUCUAUCUCUCCAACAACGGCUCUUCCAUUUUCCCAAGAACCGACCAAGACCACCACCGACAUUAUGCUCCAUCUUCACAACCCGCCUUGUCUGCAACAGCAUUACUCCAAAAAGCGGCCCAAAUGGGCUCAACGGCAUCCAAUUCCUCGUUCCUCCGUGGUCUUGGGUUGGCAAUUCCACCCUCAUCUGAUCACCAAGAUCGCAAUUCCGCCACUACGACCACCAAACAAUGGAAUGGUCAUGCUAGGCGGGAUGGAAAUCCGGUGGCAUCUGGGUUUUGUUUAGGGCUUCCUUCUGAAGGGCCUACUACGCUUGAUCUUCUCGGUCUGGGACCAGGGGGUAGUGGAGCCUCCACCGGUGGGCUCUCAGCUUUGCUCCAUUCAAUGGGUAACAGCCUUGAUAUAGCUGCAGGUGCUUCAUUUGGAGGUGUUAAUCCGGGCAGAGAGAACUGGGAAGGUCCAUCUGAAAGGAAACCGACUUUGCUGUAGCUACAUAUAUAGUUCAAGUAGUCCAAUUACGAUACCGGAAAAUUACUUUUGAUCGGGAUUCCACAAGCUUUAUCCAUCUCUCUUGGUUUUUUUCCCAGCGUAAUAGCAUUACUAGCUUCAUGCCACCGAAAAUGUAUCAGGGUUCAAGUGAUUCACUAAAGCAACUAGACCCUGAAAGUUGCUUUUUCAAUUGUUGGUAGCGGACUGUUCUGUUAAUCGGGAGAUAUUAAAAGUGAGAAUGCGGACAUGAGUAACAAGAAAUCCUGCAAAGAACAAGAUCAUUUGCCAUGGAAGGUAUUUUUGCAUUCAGUCGCAGAGAAUCGGGAGAGAAUUUAUCUUUUUACUUUGUACGUACUUCUAUAUAUGUAUGUAUAUGUCUCUGUUAGUUUUGUUGACGAGACUCUUGCUCCAGGUAAGUUCAGUUCAGUUAGGGCAAUCCAGUGGAAGAAGAUUGUGUGCGUGAAUUCCUAUCUUGGUGGUUGGUGGUAAUGCAGCAGUAGUAUGGACACGAUAAUUUAUAGCCAGAAUGGUCAUUGCUGCACCUUGGUUACUUCUUUUUUUUUUCGACCCUCGUUACACAUAAUAGUUCAAUUAAAUUUUUUUUCACUCAAAUCAAAGGUAAGUAAUUCAUUUUGGGAUUAAAAAAUUC